AUGCGGUUCAAAUUAUCAUUUCUAUUAAUUCUAUCCCUGAUUGUGAUGGCAAUGGCAGAUUCUUCGGAUUCAUCAGAUGACGAUAAACAUGGAAAUGAUGAACAUUCUGGGGAUGAGGAAGAAAAAGAGCACGAUGGGAAAGAUAAAGCGACGGAAAAGGAAAAAGAAAAGAAGGAGACAAAACUAACGAAAAGUGAAGAAGAAUAUGAUGAGACGCAAUCUAAAAUAACAGGCAGUGAUAUUGAUUCAAUGUUUGGUGAUCAUGAUACUGAAAAACCAUCAGAUGGAACUACACCAGAACCCCCUCAAGUUUUCACAAAACCAUCAUCUAUGUGGGAUUUCCUUGGUGAUGAAGAUGACGAUGAUACAACAGUUAAAGUCACAACUCCAGCUCCAUCAAAGGAAGAACCUGGACCAAAUGGAACUCAUGGUAAUCCAUUCUUCCCAUAUCCACGUCCAGUUGAUAUCUGGGAUCGUCUCUUCGUAUUGGCUGCGUUCCCAAUUUGUUUCUUUGCUGUAAUGCUCAAGGCACAUAUGUUUCGUUGA